CGUUUAAGUGAGUAUCACCAACUAUUUUCUUAAUAUUCCCUGACUUUCAAACGACAGAAUGACUGCAGGGAUUUUUAAAAGAUCAUUUCAUUCGUAAAAUUGUGUAAAAUCUUGGGCGGACGAUGCUAUGACAUCUUGCCAAGGAGUAACGUAAGAUGCAUGUUUCCCAUCUCCAAAAUUGGUUGAUGGCGAUGAUUGAGGUCCCGAAAGAUGACAGCAUAAAUUCACUUUGUUCAUCCUGUUCAUCCAUCUCAGACAAAGUUUAUGUACCUUGGGGCUGUGAGCUGACUUCCUCCAAAGAAACAGCAGUUUUUGAAGUGGACUACCCCUUGGAGUGUCAGUUCUUUGUCAGAACGAUCUGUCUGAGUGCUGGUGCCAGUGAUGAUAUGCAUGUGGUUGCUGUUUGUGAUGGAGAUGGGAAGGUUAAGGAGGUACCUAUUGCAACACUGCAUCAUACCAUGCCCAUGGUUAGUUUCCAAGCAUUUGAGCUUACACCACCAGUGACUUUCAAACUUGCCUCAGGGAAAGGGCCUGUCUUCAUCACUGGUCAGCAUAUAACUAUUGGAUUGGAAGAAGAUGAAUCUUGACCUAUCCACCAUGGAAACGGCACUGAUAUUCACUGUGGACUAUCGUGUGAAUGGCUUCAUCAUGGCUUCAAAAGCUGUCGGCCUAUGUACCUUUUAAUAUUAAAUCUUCUAAGCCAACUGCUAAUUAACAGUAACCAUCCAUUUGUAUGUCAUCAUGUUUGCAAUUUUGAAAUUUGUAUUAGAGAAACUAAAUAAACAAUAGUAGCCUACAUGUUUGCCAGAAAGUGCUCU